CGUGACCAAAACAGGCGGCCAUCUUGAAUUCCCCGACCGGUUUCGUGCAGCGUUUGGGUGGUACAAAUUGACUGAAUUAUCAAGAAACUUUCAACCGUUUUGACCGUCUUCUGUAUUGUCGGUAACCCAGAUUACCCACCAUGCCUGGUGAGAAACAUAGUGGAGCGUACAAGGAGGUACUGCCGAAACAGGGCCAGCUGCACACCGAAGACAACCCCACCAUGGUGCUCUGUAAACCCAAGAUCCUGCCCAUGAAGUCAGUGACUCUGGAGAAGUUAGACAAGAUGCAGAGAGAGGCUCAGGAGAAGCUGAAGGCUCAGGAAGCUGAACAGGAGGCUCAGAUGCUACAGUCAGGAGGCAGCAACAAUUUCCAGCCAGGCACCAUGUCUGACUUUAACUCACAGGGUGCUUCAGGGGAGAUGGACAGAUACAACACAGGACAACAGGACAGCGAGUAUCACUGAACACACAGGGUAGAGUCGAUUGGGAGUGAUGAGGGAAACCUCUCGCUGUAGGCAGUGCUAACAUCAUCUUUUCUUCAAGACUUUUGUUAAGAACUGUCACUCUAGCUACUCAGGACAGACAAUUUCCACUGUUCCAUCCGUCCUGAAAAUCAAAACUUUGUGACAUUGUACAUAACUCUUUCAUGGUUGUACUACCGAUAUGUUAGCAAUGGCUGUGCAGAAGGGACACCUGUCUGUUACUGAGGGCAUUGCAUCUCCUGCAAAAAUGGUUACACUAUCAAGUGUACUAGGUGUCAUUCAAACAUUUGUAAAUACAUGUAUGACUUUUACUGACUUUUACUGGUGCUUAUAUCCUGUACUGUGCCCUGUAAUAUUAAUGAAUAGUUUCAAAGGUGAGAAAAAUAUGAUGUGAUUUACUAUGGACCAAGUUUUACUUAAAUGUUUUUCCUGAGAAAUGCAUUUGAUAGAUCAUGGGUUGAUAUUGUAAAGUGACAAGUGACAGAAUAUUCAUGAUUCAUUAUGAGUGGAUGUUGUUGUAUUUUGUUGACCCCAUGAUUGUGUAUGUCAUGUGAUGCACAUUAUAUCAUAUGAUGCACAUUAUAUAGAAAAAAAUUGGUAUAUAUAUAUAUUGGAAGUUGUAAAUAUGGAAGAAACAGCAAUUUGUAAACCAAAACUGACAAAUAACAAAGGUUUCAGUUUAUAUAGUAUCAGAAAUCUUAUUCUCCAUUAAGUUAUUUGCCUACAAAUUUUUGAAAUAUUUUUUUCCAGACCAAUACAUGGUACUUUAUUUAUGGUACAGUCAAAGCUGUAGUACAAUUAAUGAAGUACUUGUAAUUUGGUGGCCCCUUAGAUGAUUUUCCCCAUUGACACAAGCAUUAUGAAUCCUGUCUAUAGUGACCACCUGUCCACAUAGACCAGAUUUUAUUGGCCCCUUGAGUGGUCUUCUUUGGGCAGUUUUGACUUUACUCCUGAAAAACAACUGGAAUUAUCCUUGUCAAAAUGUAGUCAAGUGUGGCAAUAAUACAUAAUGGUUUCCAGCGCA